AUGGGUCCAGUGGCGUGCACAUACCCAAUUGUCAUUAGAGAUCACAGCAGACGACAUGUAUUCGGUGUGUAUAUGGAUGACUUUGAUGUAACCCGCGAUAUCGACAGCGUAACACCAUCACCAGACACAGCCCCUUCACUCAUCAAGAUAGACCAUUUACAGUUUCUCCUGAUGCGACUACCCAGCCUUGCUGUAUGCGAGGUUCUAUGGGACGCCUUCCUCGAUUCAGUCUAUCCGAUCUACCCUCUGAUAGACCUGGAAUUCUUCUGGCUGUGGCACGCUGAGUUCUGGGAAGCGUACGGUAACUGCAGAGACUUCAACGCAUUCAGGCCCCUCAUAUUGAAAAAUCCCAGCAUGAUAUGUCUUCUCCUCGCUGUGCUGUGCUCCGGAGCCGCCGCGGCGCACAAGGAUGUCUGGGCCGAUCCGCCAUUGCUCACAGAGGAUAGGCAUAGCGUGAUAUUUUCCUUAGCAACGGGUGGUCAGAUGGCUCUCAACGCAUGCGCAUUCAAUGAUAUCCCAACCCUCUAUACGAUUACUUCCUCAUUGCUCCUGGAUUUGGCCCUUGGCCGCCCGGUCGAGUCAUCUGGUCGCAAGUUCUACAUCAAGACCAUGACCGUAGCAGCUCGACGGGUGGGAAUAAACAGCGUGUGGACCAGCGAUCCAGCGACACAGCAACUUUGCCGGAGGUUGUGGGAUCAUAUACGGUGGCUGGAUUCCCAAUGCUGCAUUGCUAUUGGGAUAGCGUCCGAGGAGCCCUUCCAACAAGAAAUAAUUGGCGAUAAGCCCCGACAACCUCCUGCUAUAUCCGACUCCAACGGCGACAUUGCAGCGUUACUAUCAUACGCCAGAGCAGAGGUAGCUUGCUUCGAGCACCACAUCAUAAGCCACGUUCGUGGCAUAAUCCUUGACGACCCAAGGACGCGUGCUUAUAAUGGCUUGCAACUCGAAGACCUAAACAGGAUACUGCACGGUAUAAAGGCUCAGAUGGGUCAGCUACCUGAAUGGGAUGAUUUAGACCUUGUCAAGAUUGAUGUAGAAUGGGCAAAGUCCGUGAUAGACAUGCUGUCCCUUGAAGCUGUUGUCGUCGACCUCGUCCCAAACGUGCACAAGAGUCUGCACUCGAAGAACCAGGACAAUUGGACAAUAUUCUGCAUUUCAGCAAACAAGUACCUCCAGGCCUAUCUUGCGCUUGCAACAGACACAAGGUUCGAACGGUAUAGCUGGUUUCUUUCGCACUACCGAGCCGCUUUUCUCCAGUGCUUGUAUUUGCAGCUCAUAGGUCUGUCGAUGUGGCCGGGUGAUGGUGAGACUGCGACGACCGUUGAUGAGAUGAUGCAACAUAUGGAGAACCGCCAGACAAGCGAGUGUGAAGAUACAGAGACCUUUAAAAAGCUAAAGACUAUUUACGUGCGAGUCCUGCGUGUGAACUAG